AGACCUGUACGUAAGACCGUGAGCGCGAUCGGUCGCGUUCGGGCGCGCUCGGUUCCCGCGAAUCAUCUACUUGUUGAGUUGUUGCACGUUCACCGCAUUUUUUACGAGACCGCCAGGGCGAAAAGCCGUACGCAGAACUGUACGUCUCACCGUACUAGUUACGCACGCACGCGGAUGAAAAAUGGCCAACUAUCACAAGCCGGAAUCAAAGACCAUCCAGGAGUUGCGAGACAUCGCGAUCAAGUUGAGAAUUCACUCGAUCGAGGCGACGCAGGCCAGCAAGUCUGGACAUCCGACAUCAUGCUCGUCAAUGGCAGAAAUUAUGUCCGUUCUCUUUUUCCAUACAAUGCGUUACAAGGUAUCGGCACCACGUGAUCCAAACAGUGAUAGAUUUGUACUCAGUAAAGGCCAUGCAGCUCCGAUUCUUUAUGCAGCAUGGGCGGAAGCAGGCUUGUUCCCAAUCAGCGAAUUAUUAAAUCUGAGAAAAUUCGAUAGCGAUUUGGAAGGACACCCUACUCCGAGGCUCAACUUUAUAGACGUAGGGACUGGCUCCCUGGGACAAGGUCUCUCGGUUGCCGCAGGCAUGGCCUAUGUCGGAAAGAAUUACGAUAAGGCCAGUUAUCGUGUGUACUGUUUGAUUGGCGACGGUGAAGCGGCGGAAGGUUCCAUCUGGGAAGCUCUUAAUUUUUCGUCCUAUUAUAAAUUGGACAAUCUUUGCGCCAUCUUUGACAUUAAUCGUCUUGGUCAGAGCGAAGCAACCUCGCUACAGCACCAUAUGGAAGUGUACCGUAAAAGAUUAGAAGCCUUCGGUUUUAAUGCCUUGGUCGUGGAUGGUCAUGACGUAGAGGAAUUAGCCAAGGCGUUCCAUGAAGCGCAGAAUACGAAGGGACGUCCCACUGCCAUUUUGGCUAAAACUUACAAGGGUAAAAACUUCCCCGGGAUCGAAGACCAGGACAACUGGCACGGCAAACCUCUAGGAAAUAAGGCGAAUGAAGUCAUUCAGCAUCUGAAUGGCCUUUUGAAAAAUCCCGGUCCCCUCGGAUUGCAUCCGCAAAAGCCGCUCGUCGACGACGCCCCUCAUGUGGAUAUCAGCAACGUUGCGUUAGCCUCGCCUCCAAGCUACAAGAUAGGUGAACAAGUAGCUACUAGGUUGGCUUAUGGCACAGCUCUUGCCAAGUUGGCGAAGAAUAAUCCUCGUGUCGUAGCUCUGGAUGGUGACACGAAGAACUCCACUUACGCCGAGAAGAUAAAGGCGGUCGAUCCGGCCAGGUUCAUCGAAGGAUUCAUUGCCGAACAGAACAUCGUUGGCGUCGCGAUCGGUGCUGCUUGCAGGGAUCGUACCAUCGCGUUUGUGUCGGCAUUCGCCACCUUCUUCACCCGCGCCUUCGAUCAGAUUCGCAUGGGUGCAAUCUCUCAGACAAAUGUCAACUUUGCCGGCUCGCACUGUGGCGUGUCCAUCGGCGAGGACGGACCGUCGCAGAUGGGUCUGGAGGAUAUCGCAAUGUUCCGCGCGAUCCCGGGUUCCACCAUCUUCUACCCGAGUGACGCCGUGUCGGCGGAGCGCGCGGUGGAGCUGGCUGCCAACACCAAAGGCAUCUGCUUCAUUCGCACGUCUCGCCCGGCCACUGCGGUCCUGUAUAAGAACGACGAGCCACUAGCGAUCGGUAAAGCCAAGGUAAUCAGAUCUUCCGCGAAGGAUCAGGUGCUGGUGAUUGGCGCCGGCGUGACGUUGCACGAGGCGAUCAAGGCGGCCGACGAAUUGGCAAAGGCUGGCAUCAGCGUCCGCGUGAUCGAUCCGUUCACCAUUAAACCCAUCGACGCGCAAACGAUCGUGAAGAACGCCAAGGAGAUUGGUGGCAGGAUCAUCACCGUCGAGGACCAUUAUCCGCAAGGCGGUCUCGGAGAGGCGGUCGCGUCUGCAGUCGCCCUGGAGAGAAACGUGAUAGUGAAGAAGCUGGCUGUGCCAGACGUGCCGCGUUCCGGGCCGCCCACGGUGCUGCUCGACAAUUUCGGCAUCAGUGCCCGUUGCAUCGUUGCAGCGGUGCAGGACAUGUUGAAAUGUUAAUUUCUUUAUCGGAGCGAUUGGAGAUUGCCGUUGGAUCGCGACGCAUCGGGGCUAUCGCGUGUAACAAAUUAAUACUCUAUUCUCCCAAAGCCACAAAUCCUUCCGAUGAGAUGCACGCGAUAAAACAUUCCAUCACCUUCGAAACGCCAACAAAACGCCGUUGAAGCGAGGAUCGAGGAAACCAGUAUAAGAUUAUUAAAUUCAUGACGAUGAAAUUCAGGUUCUUUAUGUUGUAAAUACACGAAAGGCAAUCUAUUGUGUUGUUGAUCGCUAUCACUGUUUUUUUUUUUUAUUUUUUCUUUAAUAUAACGUAUAUAUUAUUAUUAUUAUUGUACUAAUUAUUAUACCAAAGGAUAUACAGCCCAUUUUCUCGUAAUACGUAUAACAAGCGGCAAGGUGACGCUCGUUUCUAUACGCGACUUUAUAUAUAAUAUUUGAUAUCGUUGAGAGUAUCUUGAAGUUGUUUGUCACUUCUAACGUUACACUGGAAGCAAUCGAGUUCUUAGUAAGCUCAACUCGAAGAGGAUACAACGAUUGUUUUUGAUUUAUUGUUACUCGACACAUUUAUUUUUGCGAACGUUGCUUUCGUCGCUUUGUAUCGCUGCACAUCUGUGAUGAAUAUAAAAACAAGGAAUUCAUGAAAUUGAGUUGACAAUUAUACCGGUUUCGACAUCCUGCUUGCCUAACGUGUAUAUUGACCAUACGGAUAAUCAGCAAAAGUAUUUGUCCGUAACAAGCAAACGAAUGUACAAUAUAAUCUAUCAAAAGAGAAAAUAUCUUUAAGUAUAUAUUUAGAACUUAUACAUGAGAGUGAACAUUUAUGAAAAAUUUGCAUACGACUUUUAUACAGAUUAAACGAAGAUUUGUUGAAAGCUUUUAUAUUUGAUAUACCUGAUGUUUCGUUUGUUAAAAAACGUGUUGAUAUUUGCGUCGUAAGUAAAAUAUUGGAACAUUUCUCUCGGUACUAUAUUCUUAUACAACAUGAAGCAGAAAUAAAAGUGUUUCCAAG